GGAACGCUUCAUGUCACACUCAUCUAACUAAGAGGACCUGAAGACUGUCUGUGGUGAAGAAGGAACUGCCAAAAAAUAAAGCGAGAGCUGAACAGAUGGGGGCGCCACUGAGUACACUCAAGAAGAGACUGGAGGAGGAAGGGGUGAAGAUCAGGAUGGCAUUCAAGAUGAAGACGACAAUGGCCGAAGACCAACUAUUUACAUAUCAUGAUGAGAAUUCCUGCUCUGUGUGUCUGGACUCCCUGACUGACCCUGUGUCACUGCAUUGUGGUCACAAUUUCUGUCUGAAGUGCCUCACCAACCUCUGGGAUCAAAGCCAAGAGUGCAGCUGUCCUGAGUGUGGAGAGUCCUUCACCACAAGGCCUGUACUGCACACUAACACGGUGCUGAGUGACGCCAUCAAGAAUUUAGAGAUGAUAGCCAUCGCUCCUCCUCCAUCUCAAAAUGAUGCCGGCCCUGGAGAUGUGGAGUGUCACGUGUGUCCCAAGAAGAAGUUCAGAGCAGUGAAGUCCUGUCUCACCUGUAUGGCCUCCUUCUGUCAGAUUCACCUCAAGCCUCACUUUGAAAGGGCAGCCUUGAAUGACCAUAAGCUGACUGAUCCAGACGGAAAUCUUCAGGAGAAGCUCUGUGUGAUACAUCAGAAAUGUUUGGAGAUAUUUUGUAAAACAGACGAGAUGUGUAUCUGCAUGAUGUGUGUGAUGACCAGACACAAAGGUCAUAAAGUGGUCGUGCUGGAGACAAAAAGAGACAAAAAACAACAGGAUGAGUUCACCUGCUUGCUAUGUCUGGACUCCCUGUGUGACCCCGUCUCGAUCCCCUGUGGUCACAGUUUCUGUCUGAAAUGCCUCCCUGACUACUGGGAACAUAACCAAGUGUGCAGCUGUCCUGGGUGUGGAGAGAUCUUCACCACAAGGCCUGAACUGCACAUUAACACUGAGCUGAAUGAAGAUAUCAAGAAAAUAAAGAUGAUGGCCAUCGGUCCUCCUCCAUCUCAAAAUGAUGCCGGGCCUGGAGAUGUGGAGUGUCAUGUGUGUCCCAUAAAGAAGUUCAGAGCAGUGAAGUCCUGUCUCACCUGUAUGGCCUCCUUCUGUCAGAUUCACCUCACGCCUCACUUUGAAAAAGCAGCCUUCAAUGACCAUAAGCUGACCGAUCCAGAUGGAAAUCUUCAGGAGAAGCUCUGUGUGAUACAUGAGAAAUGUUUGGAGAUAUUUUGUAAAACAGAUGAGAUGUGUAUCUGCGUGAUGUGUGUGAUGACCAGACACAAAGGUCAUGAAGUGGUCGAGCUGGAGACAAAAAGAGAAGAAAAAGAACAGGAUGAGUUCACCUGCUCGCUGUGUCUGGAGACCCUGAGUGACCCCGUCUCAAUCCCCUGUGGUCACAGUUUCUGUCUGAAGUGCCUCCCUGACUACUGGGAACAAAACCAAGUGUGCAGUUGUCCUCAGUGCAGAGAGAUCUUCACCACGAGGCCUGAACUGCACAUUAACACUGAGCUGAAUGAAGAUAUCAAGAAAAUAAAGCUGGCGAUACUUAGUUCUCUUCCAUCUCAGAUUUAUGCUGGGUCUGGAGAAAGAGCAGAAGAGUCCUGUCUGACGUGCGCGGUCACCUACUGUCAGACUCCUCUGCAGCCCCACUUUGAAGCAGGAGCCUCGAAGGACGACACGCUGACUGAUCCAGUUAGAAAUCUGAAGGAGAAGUUCUGUGAAGAACAUCAGGAGAGUCUGAAGAUAUUUUGUAAAACUGCUGAGUUGUGAAGACUUGAAGGAUGUCACUUCCCACGUUAAAGGAAUGCAAUCUCCUAAGGAAGAACAUUUUGCUCUGCGCUUUCUUCUGCACUUUCAUUGAAGUGGACCCCCAAAUACCUGUAGGAGUGACUCACUGUCCUCGUCAUUUAUUCAGACAGUAUGGCCCUCUUGUCUUUUGGACUUUCCGUCACACUAAUAUUUAAUAACCCCCAACAUUAACUCAAACCACAGGUUGGCACUGAUGU